UUCUUCAGGUGUUCUCUCUCUCUCUCUCUCUCUUCUUUUCAAAACUGCAACUCUUCCCUUUUUUGCUGAUAUUUCCAUCACAAUAUCUCCCAACAAUUAAGAGAAAAUGGAGAAGUUGAGACGCUGUGGCAACUUCCUUGAGAGCUCCAAACCUUAUUUUGCAAUGAUUUCAUUGCAAUUCGGGUAUGCAGGCAUGAAUAUUAUCACCAAAGUUUCACUUAACCGGGGCAUGAGCCACUAUGUCCUGGUUGUCUACCGCCAUGCUUUUGCAACUGCGGUCAUAGCUCCUUUUGCUUUAAUUUUCGAAAGGAGAGGGCAACCAAAGAUAACAUUCCCAGUUUUCAUGCAAAUAUUUAUCCUGGCUCUUCUGGGGCCUGUGAUUGAUCAGAACUUCUACUAUGCUGGGCUGAAAUAUACAUCUCCAACUUUCUCAUGUGCUAUGAGCAACAUGCUUCCUGCAAUGACUUUUGUCAUGGCUGUCAUGUGCCGGAUGGAGAAGAUUAAUGUAAAGAAAGUGAGAUGUCAAGCAAAGAUAGUGGGAACAUUGUUGACUGUAGCUGGGGCAAUGUUGAUGACAUUGUAUAAAGGACCCAUUGUUGAAUUAUUUUGGAGUAAGAAUAUCCAUCCUAGGCAAUCAUAUGCCACUGACAAUAUUGGAAUUACUGACAAAGAUUGGGUCAAGGGCUCCAUCCUCCUUAUCUUUGCCACCCUUGCUUGGGCAUCUCUCUUUGUUUUGCAGGCAAAAGCAUUGAAGACAUACAAGAAUCAUCAGCUUUCUCUAACAUCAUUAGUGUGUUUUGUGGGCACUCUACAAGCAAUUGCUGUGACAUUUGUGAUGGAGCACAAGGCCUCAGUUUGGCGAAUUGGUUGGGACAUGAACCUUCUUGCUGCUGCCUAUGCUGGAAUUGUGACAUCAAGCAUAUCAUACUAUGUUCAAGGCCUGGUGAUAAAGAAAAGGGGUCCAGUAUUUGCCACUGCUUUCAGCCCCCUGAUGAUGAUCAUAGUUGCAAUCAUGGGUUCUUUCAUCCUGUCUGAGAAGAUUUUUCUUGGAGGGGUGAUAGGUGCCUUCCUGAUAGUAAUAGGGCUUUAUUCAGUCCUAUGGGGAAAACACAAGGAAAACAAGGAGAAAGAAGUUGAAGACGAGAUUCCAGAGCCAGUUAAAGGUAUCCAAGCAAAUGGCAGCACCAUCUUAGUAAUUGAAGAUAUUGAAGCCAAUGAAGUUGAAUUGGGAAAAGCAGAAGCUAAUAACAAGCUCUCACCAGUUGCCAUAGCCAUGCCAAUACCGGAAUCCCUUAUCAAAGCCAAGCAAGACCAAAAUAAUUCAAGUUUGAUUUACAAUUGGGAAAUUAAAGGGAUGGGGUUUUUUGUCUUUACAUCCCCCAUUUUGUUUCUACCAUUUUAAAAAAAUGUUAGAGAUUUAUGUCAUAUAUGGGGCUUUUUUUUCUGUCUUUUUUUCUCUGUUUUCAUUAGUAUAAAGUAAGGUUGUAAGACAAUGCAGUUAAGGACCAUGUACUUAAUGAAGUAUGAGCACAUCCCAGAAUCUCUUUUAGUAUUUUCUUAUCAGAAUUUGUUUGUGCCU